CACUUUAUUAUUCAAGUUGUACUGCUUGACUGUGAUGACCCUUGUGGCUGCAGCUUAUACCAUAGCCUUACGAUAUACAAGGACAACAGACAAAGAUCUCUACUUUUCAUCUACAGCCGUGUGUAUCACCGAAGUAAUUAAAGUUAUUCUAAGUGUAGGGAUCUUAGCUAAAGAAACCGGCAGUCUCGGUAGAUUCAAGGCAUCAUUAAGAGAAAAUGUCUUGGGGAGCCCCAAGGAAUUGAUGAAGUUAAGUGUACCAUCCCUAGUGUAUGCAGUUCAGAACAAUAUGGCUUUCCUGGCCCUUAGCAAUCUGGAUGCAGCAGUGUACCAGGUAACUUAUCAAUUGAAGAUUCCCUGUACAGCUUUAUGUACUAUUUUAAUGUUAAACCGUACACUUAGCAAGUUACAGUGGAUCUCAGUUUUUAUGCUCUGUGGUGGAGUCACACUUGUACAGUGGAAACCAGCCCAAGCUACAAAAGUCACGGUGGAACAGAAUCCAUUGGUAGGGUUUGGAGCUAUAUUUAUUGCUGUUUUGUGCUCAGGAUUUGCAGUUUUGGCAAGUGUUGGAGGUCUCUAUACUUCAGUUGUGGUCAAAUACACAGACAACAUCAUGAAAGGUUUUUCUGCUGCAGCGGCCAUUGUUCUUUCUACUAUUGCUUCGGUGAUGCUGUUUGGAUUACAAAUAACUCUCACCUUUGCUCUAGGAACUCUUCUUGUAUGUGUUUCUAUAUAUCUUUAUGGAUUACCUAGACAAGAUACAACAUCAAUCCAACAAGGAGAAACAGAAUCAAAAGAGAGAGUGAUUGGUGUGUGAUCUCAAUCUAAAGAAAAAUUCUUAUAAAGACUAGAUCAUUUGAAAUUAAUCUAGAGCCUUAAAUCAAUCCCACAAAGUAGCAUACAUACUGGUAUAAGAAUUAAGAAGAAAAGGCAGAAGAGAAGUGGAGAUGAUGAAUGCUUGCUUACCUUGCAGGUAAGCCCCUCUUAUGGUCCCAUGGUCCUCUGAACACCAGAUCCUUGAGCACAGAGCCAGGAGUAAACAUUGAGCAGUGAUGGGCAUGGCCCAAGAGCCCAGACCCCCUCUUCACCCUCUCCAUGUUAAAAAGAAUGAACUAUAAAAAUAAUGUCUGAAAUCAACCUGGUUUUAGGAUGAAGGAAUCUUACAAUUGUAUAUAUAAUGUACAAAUCAAGUCAGAGAUAAUGGUAUUAAAAUAUCAGGAGAUGCUACAAUAGUCAAAUAAGAUUUGGGACAGUGUUGCUGUUAAAGUGCCAAAGCCAUUUCUUCAGUAAGUCACUUAUUUGGAUACCAGGGGAAAAGGAUCACCUCAUCCUUGUUCUUUAUUCAUGUACAGUAUUUUAUCUAGCACUAAAAAUCUAGCUCUUUUCUUUAAAAAGUGAAGCAAAAAAAAUGGAUUAAUUUUGGGAAAAAAAAUGAAUGUGUAACUUCUCAAAGGGAAUCUAUUUCCUACUCAGACAAUGAUUUAUGGGUGGCGACUGAGUACUCCUUUAAGUGCUGUAUUUGUGCCAUUCACUGUCUAGAUUGUAUUUCUUUGCUGGUUAGGUGAUAUACAUUUUUUCUUCAAAAAUAUUUCUAAUGUCACUUUUGUACUUUUUUUAAAAUAAAGUAUGUUUAA